CGCGACUCUAGGGGCGGGACCAGGCGAGGGGUGACCGCCGCGGGGCGCGGACUGAGACGCCUUCAUCUGUUCACGCGGCGGUGCGGAUCAGGGUUCGCAGCGCGCGCCACCGGGGAAAGAGCGGUGGGCCGAGGGGGUGGAAGUGGGGUCCUGGGAAGACCCUGGGCUGUGGGCCGAGGGUGCGGAGUCGGGGAGGGGGGCGGGGGCACGAAGGGGAGCCGGGGACAUGGCGCGUCCAGACGAUGAGGAGGGGGCGGCGGUGGCCGCCGGACACCCACACGCGAAAGGAUACUUCCCGUUGCCGAGGGGCGCGCCCUCCGGGAAGGAGAGCCUGGAACCGCAGAACGGGCCCAAAGCGGGUUCUCUCCCGGUGAAUGGGGCCCCUCGCGACAGCCUCGCCGCCGCCUCGGGAGUCGUGGGCGGGCCUCAGACUCCUCUGGCCCCGGAAGAGGAGACCCAGGCCCGGCUGCUGCCUGCGGGCCCGGGGGCAGAGACCCCGGGGGUCGAGGGCGCCCCGCUGCCCCGGACGGCGCUCUCCCCGCGGCGCUUCGUGGUGCUCCUGAUCUUCAGCCUCUACUCGCUGGUGAACGCCUUUCAGUGGAUCCAGUACAGCAUCAUCAGCAACGUCUUCGAGCAUUUCUACAAUGUCACCUUGCUGCACAUCGACUGGCUGUCCAUGGUGUACAUGCUGGCCUACGUGCCCCUCAUCUUCCCGGCAACCUGGCUCCUCGACACCAGAGGUCUUCGGCUCACCGCCCUGCUGGGCUCCGGCCUCAAUUGCCUGGGCGCCUGGAUCAAGUGCUGCAGUGUGCAGCAGCCUCUCUUCUGGGUCACCAUGUUGGGCCAGUGCCUGUGCUCCGUGGCCCAGGUGUUCAUCCUGGGCUUGCCCUCCCGCAUCGCCUCAGUGUGGUUUGGGCCCAAAGAAGUGUCCACAGCUUGUGCCACCGCCGUGCUGGGCAAUCAGCUUGGAACUGCAGUUGGCUUUUUGCUACCACCAGUUUUGGUACCCAACACACAGAAUGACACAAAUUUCCUGGCUGGUAAUAUCAGCACCAUGUUUUAUGGGACAUCAGCUGUUGCCACAUUUUUAUUUAUUUUAACAGCAAUUGCCUUCAAAGAAAAACCGCAGUAUCCACCAAGUCAGGCUCAAGCAGCUCUUCAAGACAGUCCCCCUGAAGAGUACUCCUAUAAGAAUUCAAUAAGAAACCUGUUUAAAAACAUUCCUUUUGUCCUUCUGUUGAUCACUUAUGGUAUCAUGACUGGUGCCUUUUAUUCAGUCUCAACAUUAUUAAGUCAAAUGAUACUGAAGUAUUAUAAGGGAGAGGAAGUCAAUGCUGGAAGAAUUGGGCUAACGCUGGUAGUAGCUGGAAUGGUGGGCUCUAUUCUUUGUGGCUUAUGGCUGGAUUACACCAAAACAUACAAACAGACUACUCUGAUAGUUUAUAUUUUGUCUUUUAUUGGAAUGGUUAUAUUUACUUUCACAUUGGACCUUGGAUACAUUAUUACCGUGUUUGUUACUGGAGGGGUCCUUGGCUUCUUCAUGACUGGUUACCUCCCUUUGGGUUUUGAAUUUGCUGUUGAAAUCACUUACCCUGAAUCUGAAGGUACUUCAUCUGGUCUUCUUAAUGCUUCUGCACAGAUAUUUGGAAUUUUGUUCACAUUGGCUCAAGGAAAGCUCACAUCAGACCACAGCCCUAAGGCAGGGAACAUUUUCCUCUGUGUCUGGAUGUUUAUAGGCAUCAUUUUAACAGCAUUAAUCAAGUCUGAUCUGCGAAGACACAACAUAAAUACAGGAAUUACCAAUGUUGACAUUAAAGCUGUACCAGCUGACAGUCCUACAGACCAAGAACCAAAAACAGUUAUGUUACCCAAGCAGUCAGAGUCAGCAAUUUGAAGAGAAAGAAAAAGUUACCGUCCUGUAGUAAUUGGGGACAAUGUGAUAUGCUUGGAGAGAUAUGAGCACCAAGGCUGGGUUUGCAUGUGGUGGGGGAAUAGACGCUUACUUGAAAAUUACCAUAUGAACUCUAAAUGCGUAAUUAUUAUUUUGCUUAAUUGUUAAUUUAAGGGAAAUUUUCUUAAAAUGCUUCUGUUUACAUCAUGUUAACACUACUAUUUAUCUAAUUUGUAUCUGGUUUUUAGUCUUGUAUCUGAAAGUAAGCUUCUUGACAUUUACUUUUCAAAAGUAGAUGUUUUUCUUUUUUGCAGAAAAUGGAAGCUUAGAAGACUUUUUAAAGUGGUAAUAUGGGGUGUUCAGUCCCCAUAAGAUACAUAAUAGUUCAUGCAGUUUAUACAUUAAAAUAUCCGGUAGAACUAAAUGUACAAUAUAUUCCUAAUUGACUGCCUUUCCACUGUGCUGACCAACUGUCCAAGCCACUUCAGUAGGAGUACAACAUACCAACAUGACACCACUCACCCACAAAGAACAGCAUGGGCAUCAGGCUUUCAGAUUUUUCCCAUUCUUUACAACAAGAAUACAUUUUCCCAGUGUACUCUUGUUACAAAGUACUUUUUAACACACACAGUCAAUGGCUACAAAAACUAUUCUGUGUACAGAUUCUACCCAUAACUUUGGUCUUAGAAUUAUGUUCUAAUUAAGGCAAGGAGCCCAAUUACAGGCUCAUUUUCUCUCAGGUUCUUUUCUGUGCUGCCUUUCUAUCACGGAUAAAGGCUAACACUGUAUUUUGUCACUGCAGCUUGAAAUAGAGUAGUUUUGUACCCAUUGCCUUUUUUUCUUUUAAACUCUCUUCCUUUUUUUUUUUUUUUCUAUGUAUAACUUUCUAGUAAGACAAUUUUAUCAUAUAUGUUACUGGCUAUUUCAUGAUUUCUUGUAUCUUAUCCUGUAUUUUGCCUUGAAGAUUCCUGAGAUAAGGAAAUCUGUAAUAACUUCAGAUAGCCUACAUGUCCCCAUUUAGUGGAGACCUCUUGAAUGCUGUUUGAAUUCUGCAGCAUCAUGUUUAUGACCGUUCUCCUUUGAGGAAUGCUGUGCCUGGGUACGUGCUCCAUCUGUGUGCUGGGAGAGUGGAUUCUUUUCUUCAGUGCAGAGUAUAGUAGUCAUCACACUGUUGGAACAGUCUGCUGUUUUACAAGCUCAGGUAAGGAAAAUAGGACCAAAUAUAUUUCCACAGUGCCUACCACUGUCAUGUUUACAGCGAGACUUUAAAUGUUGUUGAUGUCCUGACUCUGAGCUUGUAGGGAAUAUCUUUACAGUAAUGACAUUUGAUCAGCCACAAAAUUUACAUUAUGUUCAUAUGCACCCAAAAAAGCUAGUCAAGUAAUGAAUACCCUUGAAGUGAAUAGCAGUUUUGAUUUAGGCAGUAUGUUAGGCCAUCCUUACAUCACUAUAAAGAAAUACCUAAGGCUGGGCACAAUGGCUCACAUCUGUAAUACCAGCACUUUGGGAGCUGAGGUGGGUAGAUCACUUGAGGCCAGGAAUUGAAGACCAGUAUGGCCAACAUGGCAAAACCCCAUCUCUACUAAAAAUGCCGCGUGCGUGCACACACACACUAGCCAGUCAUGGUGGUCCACGCCUGUAGUCCCAGCUACUUGGGAAGCUGAGGCAUGAGAAUUGCCUGAACAUGGGAGGUGGAGGCUGCAGUGAGCUGAGAUUGCACCACUGCACUUCAGCCUGGGUGACAAAGCGAGACUGUUUCAGAAAGAGAAGAACAGAAGGACAGCACCAAGCCUUGAGGGAUCCACCCCCAGGACCCAGACACCUUCCAUUAGGCCCAACCUUCAACACUGGGGAUUAUAUUUCAACAUGAGGGUGGAGGGACAAGUAUCUCAACUAUAUCAGGUAAAAUAUAUGCUUUGAUAUAUAUUGAAAUUAUUACAUUCUCUGUAAUCAAGUGACUGUAAAUUAUGUAGAAUCUGACCCUGGGGAAUGUGUUACCUAAAGAAUUUGACUAAGAAUCAGGAACUCUGUGUCCAUGUCCUGGAUGUGUUUCUGCAUGUUCCUGUAAUCUGGACAGUCUUUAAACCUCUGGGCAGCAUUUUCCUCAUCCAUGAAAUGAAUGUGUUUAGUUUGAUCUCAAAGGUCUUUUCAAAAUAGUAAAUGCUAUUAAUCAUAUAAUAGACCAAAUUAUUAUAGCACAGAAACUGGAAACCAGCCAGAGAGAAAUUCCCUGGACAGUUGGAUAAACAAAUGUGAUUGCUACCUUAUGGAUACAGGGACUGUUAAAUUUCUUUUUAGCCUUUUUAGUCAGUUUCUCAAGCAGAAUAUGUCCAAUUAUUAGCUUCCUUUGAUACUUACAAGUGAAGACAGCCAAAAAUAUAUUUUAAGGUCUCCCCAAAUAACUUUUUAUUUUUAAACUAUCAAUGUUGUUUAAAAUAAUCAUGUACUUGUUGAGUUCCUGAGGUUUUGAACAAAUUACAAAUAAAAUUUAGAAUACUUUAUUUCUGAAAAGCAUAUACAUAUACGUUAUGUGUAUUUUUCCUUGGUUAGAAUGGGGAUGAAAUAUGAUGUGACAGAACGCAAAAUGAAUUGAUAAUUUUUCUGUAUUUUGGGUGAAAGUUGUCUGUAAUACAUCAAACAAGAAUGUUAGAAUUCUACAGUAAUGUGUGAUUUCAUGACAGAGCUAUAUUCUGAGAAAUGUGUUAGGUGAUCUCAUCAUUGUGUGAACAUCAUGAAGUGUACUUACACAAACCUAGAUGGUAGAGCCUACUACACACCUAGGCUGUAUGGUGUAGCCUAUUGCUUCUAGGCCACAAACCUGAACGGUAUUAAAUGCGGUAGGCAAUUGUAACACAAUGGUAUUUGUGUAAUCGAAAGAUAAAACAGAUAAUACAUUGUGCUGCAUUGUAACAAUGGCUGUGGCAUCACUAGGUGAUAGGACUUUCUCAGCUCCAUUAUAAUCUUAUAGGAUCACUGUCAUAUGUGGUCCAUUGUUAAUUGAAGCGUUAUGUGGCACAUGACUAUGUCAUAUUUUUGGAAAAUGAAAUAGGUAAUUAUCACUUGUGUGAAUUUUAAUCAAAUGAUUUAGGAAAGAAAUGAUUUCAAAAGCUAUUGCAUUUAUUAUAAAUGUCACAAAUAUAGCUCUUGCCUUUUGAGAAUGUUGGAGAAAUGUCUUUAAAAAUAUGUCUGUAUGUAAAAAUGUGUCUGUAUGCAAUAGCUAGAAAAAUGCCUGUCUUAAGUCAUUACUCAAGUUCUGAUGUUCACUCUUUGUACUAUUUAUCGGUAUGCUUGUUCUUCAGUAUUUCAGACUCAAAAUAAAUUUAUUUUUUUAUGUA